AGCUUUAUUCUUGGAAAAAAACGGUAAGUUAAACAUUUGAAAAAUCUGUCAGUGCAAAUAACCGCAAUAACACAAUAAAGAGAAAAUAACGUGAUCAGCUCUUAAGAAAUGCAGAAAACUACAUGACAAAAUUCAGUAUACAUCCAUAAGUACUCUUUAUAUUUAGGAAAAUAAUUUUUUUUUUACUAAUCUAAUAACAUAUAUCUGCAAAAUGACAGCUCAGGCGUGGAAAUUAAAAAGCACCACUCAUGGGCAGAAGGGUAGAGAAUAUACUAUGAAAGGCUGGCCCAGCACAAUACCGUACAAAACUGGGUGAAAAAAAGAAAGGGAAACAAAGAGCCACUGUGAGUUAACCAGAAAGAGAAAAUAAAAGCCAAAGGGGACACAAAGGGGACAGUGGCUUAUUAGGCCAGCAUCAGGACCAAUGAAGUCUGCAGCUUCUGCACAGUGGGAGGGGAGCCCUGCAAUCCACAAUAACCUAAGAGCUGAAAGGCGCUAAAGUGGCCUCAGAUCAGAACCCUGCUCAUGCCUCACUGGCGAAAAGCCUUUCCAACCUAAGCCCGUAAGAAUUUCCAGAAAACAAAGAGCAGAAGGAAUCAGGUCUUGUCAACACAACUAAAUAAAUAAGGCUUCCAGCAGUGACAGUCAAGAAACCCAGAAAUAAAAAUAAUUUAAAAAAUAAGACCCACAGACAUAAAACGGAGUGAACAGACAAAGCCUUUAUAAAAUGUGUGAGAUGGUUCAGAAAUAAGAUGAAUUUUACACGGGAGCAAUAAAAAAACGCGAGGAUUAUGAUGCUUUCAAUAGACAUUAUGAAAAAGCAACGAAAUCAAUGCGUAUGAAAGAACACUGGAACAGAUUACAUUAAAAACCUCAAACGGCUGUGCUUCCUUCGCUCAGAAGAGCCGCGGAACGGCGAGGGGCCUAGCGCAGCAGAGCAGGGACAGCGCCGGAGCGGAGAGCGGGCCGCGAUGCCGGCUGCGAACACAGGAGGAAGCCGGUCACCAUUCCUGCCGGACCGACCGCGCGCCGACCCGGUGGACGACUGACGUUGCCCGCACAGGAAGUGUCCGCCGCGCCUGCCCAGAGAAGGAAGUAGGAACACAGGCACAGGAAGCAGGGAGCGGGGGAGAGGGAAAAAAGAUGCACAUCUUCUAGGGAGGAGCCCAGGAGCUGGCUGGCGGCCUCCGGGCCUCAAGCCCGAAAGGAAGAGAUACCAGGGAAGUUCCGGCACCAUCUGGGGGACAAGAAUCUGCCAUGGAAGAGCCUGCAGCUCCCACAGAGCCCCACGAGGCAGCUGGGGCCUCUGGGGGUGCCGAGGCAGCGGGGGAGGGCGUCCCCCGGCCCAGCGUCCCGGUGCGCCCAGCCUCCCGGUGGUCUUCGGCUCCAGGCCCGGCCCCCUUCCGCCCGUCACGUCUGAGGCCCGCCCAGGCCUCAUGGGGAGGGGCUAGGCCCAGAUGGCUGCAAGGCCGGAGCAGCGGCAGCUGGACAAAGCAAGUCGUCUGCAGGUAUUAUCUGCAUGGGCUGUGCAAGGAGGGGGAGAACUGCCGAUACUCCCACGAUCUCUCGGGCCGGCAGGUGGCCAGCGAAGGCCACGGUUUGUUGCCCCAGGCCUCUGCAGACAGUGGCCCCAGCACGGCUGCGCAAAUGGAGCCCCUGCCUCAGGAAGUGGCGGAAGCCCCCCCUGCUGCGUCCUCACGCUCCUUGCCUCUGAUUGGCUCGGCUGCUGAAAGGGGUUUCUUUGAAGCUCAGACAGACAAUGCAGGCCUUGAAGCUGCCGGAGGAGCAGGUGCAGAAGGCUGGGAGGGUGCCUUUGAGUUUGUUCCGGGGCAACCCUACCGGGGCCGCCUGGCCCCUUCUGUCUCCGAGGCUCCUCUGCAGAGCUCGGUGACUGAGAGGGAGCAGAUUGCCUUGGGCAUGGGGAAGCAGCUUUGCCGCGAUGCUAUCGUGGGGCAGUGCUUUCGUGGGCAGAGUUGUAUCUAUCUCCACGGAGAUAUAUGUGAUAUGUGUGGGCUGCAGGUCUUGCACCCUGUGGACGGUGCCCAGAGGGCAGACCAUGUAAAGGCCUGCAUUGAAGCACACGAGAAGAAUAUGGAGCUCUCGUUUGCUGUGCAGCGCAGUGCGGACAAAGUGUGUGGCAUCUGCAUGGAGGUUGUCUAUGAGAAAGCCAACCUGAAUGAUUGCCGCUUUGGCAUUCUCUCCAGCUGCAACCACACCUACUGUCUUAAGUGUAUCCGCAGGUGGAGGAGUGCCAGACAGUUUGGGAGCAGGGUCGUCAAGUCCUGCCCGCAGUGCAGGGUCAUCUCCACCUUUGUCAUUCCCAGUGAAUUCUGGGUGGAGGAGGAGGAAGAGAAGCAGAAACUUAUUCAGCAGUACUUGGAGGCAAUGAGCCACAAGACCUGCAGGUAUUUUGCUCGAGGCAGGGUCUGCCCAUUUGGAGAGAACUGUUUUUACAGACAUGCGUUCCCUGAGGGCCAGGGAGAGGAGCCUCAGAGGCAGGGUGCUGAGGCGUCCGGUACUUGCCGCGGUCAACGUUUCGAGCCUCUGCAGGUGGGAGAGGGCAGCAUGCCCUUUAAAAGCAGUAAAAAAGAGCUUGUCAUGCUUUGGCUGGCCAAUCUGUUGUGUAAGUGUUUUCUUUCACUGGGAGCUAGUGAGCUCCCCUUCACAGAGGCCCUAUGGGACUUGCGUCAUUGUGAGCUGGAAGAAUAUUUCAAUUUGAAUCUGUGGCAUUAUGCUGUGGCAUGUUGUCUGGUGUGCUGAAGCUCUGUCAUCUGCUCUUGCCUGUGUUUUGUUUAUAGACACAUCUGUCACUUACAGGGGCUGCUGAAACCAUUUGUAUAGAGCAUCCAUCACUGUUUUCUUGCCCAUUCCCAUUUCUUGCUCCCCAGGAUUAUGGUGUUUCACUGUGUUAAAAAGUAACAAAACGUCCUUAAAGUUACUGUUUGGAGAAAUUAAUAUGACUGUCAGUUUAUGGUUUACUUUGUCAUCUCUGUUUUCAACAGGAUUGACUCAGUUCUAGUCUAGUGUUUACAGAAUUUCCACACUCAUUUUGAAGCCCCUCAAGAAUAAAUGUGACAGGGUGAAAGGAGAAGUCUUAACUGAACAAGGAGCUUUUUGCUACUUCAGUCUUAAGAAAUGGACCCUCGUGGGGCUUUGUGGUGCAGCUUCAGCAUCUCUGUUGUUUACACGUCUGUUCCUUCCCCUGUUCCCCUUCAAGUGCACUCUUUAACUUGUGGUUACCUUGUGGUUUUGUGUUUUACUUGACCAGAACCAGGUGCAUAUGUUUACAUGUUUUUAUCCUGUUUAGCUUGAUGUGAAAUUAUUUAUAUUUGGAAGUAUAUAUUUAAGAAUUCUAUAUAUACAUACAUAUGCAUAUUAAUGUGUAUGAAAGUUAUGUAUUUGAAAAUAUAUUUAAAAGGUGUAUACCAUAAUAUAAUGUUUAUUUAAUAAAAUAAAUACAGAGCUGGAAGCUGAAGGUCAAAGGCUGAUAGGAUUUGGUGUUGUGUGAGUGUGAGGUACAUGAAUAAUCAUUCUGUCCCUUUCACAGCUUCAGUGAUUAGCAUCUAAUGAAAACAGCUAUUUGAGUGGCUCUAUCCAAAUGUGGUAGACAUUUACAAAAUACGACAUUGGUAAUUCCUGUGAUGGCAUUAAUAGCUCAUUGCUGUUAUUAGUACAGAAAUGUGAAUUCCCGUGCAGUUCAGCCACCGUCUCAUUGAUCUUUAUAACAGCACAGUCCUGGACUCAGAUACACAGUUCUUUGUGUUCAAUAUUUUGUGUCAUCUCUAGACAUUCCAAAGAAGGGGCUUUUGACAAAAGUUUUCAACAUAAAAGUGACAAGAUUUUAAAAGAUAAAGAACAAUAAACCUUUUGAAAUCAGUCAGAAUGCAAGAAUAGAAAGAUAAUAAAUGAAAUAUAGAAAGUGACAAAAGCUAAAUGCAAUAGUGAUUUGGAAAGUUUAAAACACAAAUACACCGUAAUUAUAUUAAAUGGAAUUGGUUUAAAAACUAAAACUCAAAGAUUAGGAGACUUGAUUAAAAUUAAAAUGAAACUAUAUGCUGUUUAAAAGACACACCUACAAUAGAAGAAUACAGAAACAUUAUAAGUAAAGGAUGAAAAAUUAAUCAGAGGUGCUGUGACUUUUGAGCACAGAUGGAGUUCACAUUAAGGAUAAAUACAUGGCUGGAGAUAAAUAAAGACGAUAUAUAAACAUGAAGUUAUAAUUUACCAGGAAGAUAAAACUAUUCCAAUUUUAAGUUUGGUACCAUAAGAUUAGAUAUACAAAUAAAUAAUUGAUAAGAAAACUACAGAAUCUUGGUAGACAAUUUGAAUACCUCUUCUCAGUAACUGAACAAGCAAAGAAAGAAAAAAUGUGAGUUGAAUAGCACAAUUUUAAUAGUUUACCUAAUUGACCUGUAUAAAAUGCUGUAUAUCAACUGCAGAAAGCUCUCCUCCUGGCUAAGAUAGCUGAAAGUAUCCUAGGGGCAUAAGUCACAGGAGAUACAGACUUCCCUGACUGUGCAACAAAGACAGGGUGCAUUUACAGCAUUUAUACUCUUCAAAACACUGAUUUAAUUCUCAAGACCACCUUAUGAGGUACUUGCUAUAAUUUUUAGCACCGUCAUGAUGAGAUAAAUAAGAUAGAGGGGUUAAAUGACUUGCCCAUAUAGCCCUGACCCGUAGGCAUGAACUAGUGGAACAGCGAAUGGACCUCAGGUAGUAUAUUUCCAGAGCAUAGGCAGCAUGCUGCCCCUUGCCCCACGUGUAUAACUGAGAGCAGGUGGACCCACUGAAUAUAGGUACUGGAAACACAUGUGCAAUAUUUACAUAUGGAGGUUCAGCUGGGUGGGACAGAGAUGGGCAUAAAUAAGCUACAGAAUGUGGGAGCCCUGGCACUUUAUCUGUGGGCUGCCAGACUCAGUAUUUCUUAGUCCACUGCUCAGAAUGUGCCUCAGCUGCCCAUAUUGGUACACUGCCUCUCCCUUCUUACAUGAUUCCUGAUUCUGUGGGUAAGUAUCAGCCUGUUUCACUGGGGUCCUUCCCCUCUAGAUUCUUGAUAUCCAAAUAAUUCAUCAGUCAAGAGGCCCCGGAUGCCUGGCUGUUGCUGGCAUGUAGGGUGAGUGAAUCCAAAUGAAAUCCAAACAUAUUUCUACCCCCAGGCUUCCCUAGUCAUGCAGGGGAAAGGGGGCUUAGAUAACCAAACAACCAAAGAAUAGGACCAGAUGGGGCACUCUCAAAGACCACACUGACACCAGAGGCUCAAAACAUGAGCACUGAGUGGUGGCGAUGCUGUCAAGGACGGCAUUUUAAACCAAGCACAGAAAGCUUUGAAAAGUUUGUCCUAAUAUGCACUACCUAAUGUUGUGAAAUAUCACAUUUCUAUUCAAAUAGUAUCUUGAACCAAACAAUCAAGAUCGGGAGAUAGUGUGUGACAAGGGUGUAUAGAAGAUAAAAUGGUUUGGGAGACAGACAAAGGAUGACUAGAAUCCCAACUCUGCUUCUUACCAGCCCUGCAGUCAGGAGCAAGUUAUUUAAGUUUCCUAUACCUCAGUUUCUUUAUAUGAGAAAUGGGUAUAACACCACCUAUUUUGCAGGGUUGUUGUGAGGAUCAAAUAUAACCUGGACAAAGCUUGAAACAUAGGUGGUAUUUUUAAAACAGCAUGUAUAAAAGUGGUAUUUAUGUGUGUUUGUAAAACUGAGAAAAGCUUGCACAAGAAUUAAAACUCCACCAAGUUUUUCUCUUUGGGAAACUUUGGAACUUGUGUUAAGGUAACAUUAUUAUUUUAUGAUUAUUUUCUUAGGAAGUAGGAACAUUACCUUUAUGUUCAUAAUUUCAAAAAGACCAAGCAAUUUUUUUUGGCAAAAGUCAGUUAAAACUAAAAAUGUGCUAUUCAAUUCCUGAAAAUAUAACAAACAAGAAAAAAACAAAUCAUAUUAUUUGUGACAGAUGCCUACAUGAGGAAAAUAAGUAAGAUGAUAUUUUUAAAAAAUGGGAUUCCCUUUUCCCUCAUCAGCUCAUUCAGAGAGAGAUCGAAUAACAGGGAUGUCAGUACAUCCAAAGCUGGGUGAAGUGUCCGAAGGGCCUGCCCAUAAGGACAGCUGAGCCACCCCCGCUGCAGUCAGGAACAAAGGAGCCCUUGCCAUACAAAGCUUUGCUCUGUGAGUGAUUCAGAAUGUAUGCUGCCCCUCCUCCAGGAGACUCAUGUAUUCAGACCCUGGGGCUCGUGCCAUAUAUAGAGUGUCAUUCUAACCAGACAAAGAAUGCCUGGGUGAAGCAAAUCUGAUUUUCUUAUUCUUCAUGUAUCUAAAUUCGGUGGAUGUAAAGACUUACAAAUAUGCUAAAAAUUUACCUAGUACUCCUUCACUAAAUCCGUUUACUGAAUAUCAGUGACUUAAAGGCAGAGAUUUCCAGUUCAUAAUUAUGUCUAUAUGGUGUUCCAUUUUUCACUUUUGUGAACAUCACGGGGGUGUGGUUUCUGUUUCCACAGCAAAUGCUAAACUACAGCCUAAGUGUGGAAUGAAGUUUGGGUGGGGAUGGAAAAAGGGAUGUUUGGAAAAUAACCCAACACUAGUGCAAAGAAAUAAAUUAAUACAUGUCAGAAUUUUGCCAUUAAAAAUUAUAGCAUAUCACAUUUUCCAGUGUUGAUCACUAACAAAAAAUAAUUGACUAUGUAUUAGAUCACAGUGAAACUUUCAAAUGAGAAAUUAGUAGUACAGGCAACAUUCUCUGAUGUCAAUACAAGAAAAUAAACCACUACCACAUGAAAAUUCUUUUAAAUAUCUCUCUCAAAAAAAUUUUGAUGAAAGAGUGAAUUCAAAAUCUUCCAGAAGGAUAGAAUAAGGUAAUGAAAAUUUAUAUAUACCAUAAUCUAUAGGAUAGUGCUGAAUCUGUGCUCAGAGUAAAACUAAUCUUAAUAUUAAUAUAUAGUAUCUAGAAAGACAAAUUACAUAAUUAAAUAGAUAUCCAAAUCUGUAAAUUUUAAAGAAACUACAACAUUCAGACACACACACACACACACACACACACACACUGGGAAGCAGAAAGAAUUAAGAAAGAUUAAAGCAAAAAUUAGUGGAUCAUAAAAUGCAGAUGUAAAAAGCUGCUUUUUAAAAAAAAUCGAUAUACAGAUAAACCACUAAUGUAAUCACAAAUAAAGGUAGAAGUGCAAUUAAACAAAAUAGGAAACAAUGAGUAGGAAGUAAUCAGAGAAAAGAAGACACCAAAGAAAUGGGAGAUAAACCCUUGUUACACUGAGGCAAGUGCACUUGGAAAUGUGAUAGGAAUUUAAAUUUUUCAAAGUAAUUUUCCAAACAACAAUCUAAAAUACAAAGUAAAUCAAACCAAACCAAUUGCUAAUGAAAAAUUAAAGAAAGUUAUCAGGAAUGUACUUAUGUUCCUGACUGCCCAAAAAAGAGAAGAACAGAAGACAUUUGUCCCAGAAAUUUACUAAAAGCUUGAAAUAGAUUGCAAUGAUAUAUAUAUAAACCAUUCCAGAGAAGAGAAGAAAGGGGACACUUACAAAACGUAUGAAUGACACCUAACAUUGGUAUCAAAAUGUUUCCAAUACAGUACAAUACAAAGUUAAUUAGAGCCCAAUCUCAUUUGUGAAUAUUGAUGUCAAAAAAUCUCAAAUGAAAAAUUAACAAAAAAAUAGCACAGUAGAAGAAGAGUACAUCAGGAAAGAGUAGGUUAUAUUCCAGGUAACAGGAUGGUAGAACAUGAGAAAAUAUUUUUAUCUUAAUACAUCGAAAGAAAUAAUGAUUUUAGCAUCUUUGUAUAUCUGAAAAAACACUAAAUUCAUGAUGUAUAUAAUUUUAUGUACAAUACAGGUGUAUGAGGUAUGUUAACUAUAUAUGUAUAUGUGUACAUGUAUAUAGUAUACAUCUAUAAUUUUUAAAUGCACAGUCACAAAAGCAUAUAACUAAAGAAAGCAAAGGAGAUGAAAACAAUAAAUAAUAGAGAAAAUUUAAAUAUUAAGACUGAUUUGAUUUUUUAAAAAAUUAUAAAAUAGAUAAACCAUUAUCCAACUUAAGAAAACGAAAAAAGAGAAACAAAGUGCCCAUACACAGUUGCACACACAUUCACCUAAUAGGGGUUCACCACAAAGAGAGAUUCUAUUAAAGAAACAUAAGAAAGAACAUUACUCAAUCAGAUGCCAAUUAAUUGCAAAAUUUGAAAGAAAUUGAUAAUUUUCUAGGCACAUGUAAUUAAUUAAACAGUAGCUUCACAAAAUAUAACCUACCAUUUAACAUGAAUAAAUUAUUUCACAGAAUACAGUUUCCCCUAAAAACAGGGAUUUUCAUAAACCUUUAAAGAACAAAUAAUUUCAGUGCCAUUUUACACAAUUUGGAAAUUAUUAUCAAAUGGAAAAUGGAAAGUAGGACAACUUAUGUGGUUUUAUUUUGUUUUGUUAUUUUUUUCAGCUUUACUGAGAUA